UUGGUCACACGUCAUGAUGGCUACCUCCACACGCCUAUCACGCUUUAUACUAUCGCCGAGUAGACGAUGAAUUAUUAAAUUUAAUUGUCGCGAUCUAUACCGUUUACUCAUACUUUUAUCAAAACCGCUUACUAUCGUGAUAAAUAAUAUGUUUUUGUGACGAAUAAUACGAUUAAUACGACGUGCUAAUCAAACGUUGUUCGUUCGGUCGGUUUAUAUUUUGUUUUAUUUCUCACCGCUCGUUGAACGGUUGUUUCAUUCCGUCCGGUACCGCUGCAGCAGCAGCCAUUACGAAGAUCGUUCGACGACGCUCGUGUGGCCCGUCAAGCGAAGCGAUCGCACACCUCUGCGUACAACACUACAACAGAUUUCUUUUUCAAAUCGACCCGAUAAACGCCGGCACGAUGUGCGAUUACAACGCCAAGGACAUGAACGAACCAGAAGACGGAGACAACAGAGGCGACAGCACCGAUAACAUUGACAAACGUGCAUUUGAUGAAAUGAACAAUCAAAUUCAAAUUGUUCUCCAGGAUAUGAAAGACAAAUUCCAAACUAUGUCUGAUCAAAUAUUGUUGAGAAUAGAUGAUAUGGGUACACGUAUCGAUGAUUUAGAAAAGAAUAUAUCUGACUUAAUGGUCCACGCUGGUCUUGAAACUCCAGACAAAUGAUAUUUAGAAUACUAUCGUAUUACAAGAAAUGAAUAGGUCAUUUUAUGUUACAAGAUUAUAUAUAUAUAUAUAAACUUAGGACCUACAUAAUUAUUUGAAAUAUGAUUAAAAUUAAAACAAGGUAAACUUAAGUGUAUCAUUGUCUAUAAAAUAUCUUUAUUUAUAAUAAUAUAUGUACAUUCUUUUUUUUA